GUAAAGUUCAGUUUAAACGUGAUUGUCCAUAUUUAAAGACAGGUAUUUUCUUUAUAACUUUGUUAUUAGAUUUGACAUUCAUCAAAGUACAUGUAUACAUACGUUAGUGUAUGAUGAAUAGUGACACGGAACGACAUUAAGUUAACAUAAAAUUGUCCGAUUAUCUAUUCAUUUAUCAAUUCGAUGAUGACGAGAAUACCUAUUGUCAAUAUAGCCAUAGUUUGUUAUCUAGUACAUACGUACUAUGUGUUUGGAAGCGAUUAUAAUAGUCAAAAUGUGCAUUUCCGGACACAGAACCAAUCAAAAUCUCAAGAUUCUAACAUUUUUAUUGACAGCCUUUUUAUCAAAUAUGGAAACAAAACAGUUAUGACAUUCGAAGGCUUUGAACAUUUAAUGAACGGAAUAGAAUUAGGAAAUAUCAUUUUAGAGGAUUCUGUUGACGCCCAUCACAAACUUGGAAGCAAUGACACCAACUUUAAGUCUUUACACCAUGGUAACCAUAGCCAUGUGGUAGAUAUAUCCCAUCAACUGCCAGAACAUAAAAGAAAACGUCGCCAUGUGCACUAUGAAAGUGAAAAACCUAUGGUCACUGAAUCGUCUGAAAUUUUGAAAAUGUGUUUGAGUCCAGGUCAAAUUUUAAAUUUGUAUGAUAUACACGAAGAUGAAGUGAUCACCAUGCAGGAUUUUGUACAGCUUUGCCCGGCGUUAAUAGUUCAGUUAGAUCAAAGACGAUGCCUUAAAAUGGAUGUUUUGAUACGUUAUCGGAGCUUUGUAACACCCACAACAUUAGGAACCAAAGCAUGGGGAUAUGGCUUUGUUUGUCUGAUCAUCAUUAGUAUAAGUGGUUUGGUGGUAAUAUCGUUGGUUCCUUUAUUGCAACGAAUUUCAUUUGAUGGAAUUUUACAGUUCUUGAUAUCGCUUGCCGUUGGUGCACUUACCGGAGAUGCUAUGCUUCACCUUAUACCACAUGCACUUGUUCCUGAAGUUGAAACGGAUCAUGAGCAUGAUCACGAAUCUGGAUCUCACAGUCAUGAACACGUUUACAAAGCACUGUGUGGCUUAUCAACAAUAUAUUUCUUCUUCCUUAUUAGCCGGAUUCAGACAAUAUUUGCAAACAGCAAAAUGCGGAAAAACAACAAUAAACUUGUCAAAAUUCCAGAACAAAACGAAAAGUUGAACACAGAAGGUAUCGAAAUUUUAGAUUUUGAAAAAGAAUAUGAUGUACAGAUACAUCAUAAUCAUGGACAUACACAUACUCAUGCGGUACCAAAUUCUGUUUCCGGUAUGUUGUGGCGUAUAAUUGUAGGUGAUGGGAUACAUAACUUCAGUGACGGCUUAGCGAUCGGAGUUGCUUUUGCAAACAGUAUAACUGGAGGUGUGAGCACGUCAAUUGCUGUAUUAUGUCACGAGUUGCCUCAUGAAAUGGGAGAUUUCGCUAUGCUGUUGAAAAAAGGGAUGAGUGUAAAACGAGCAGUCUUAUUUAACUGUUUAUCAUCACUUUUAAGCUGCAUUGGUAUGGUUAUCGGCAUAGCAGUAGGAAAUAUUGGUGCUGUUAGCCUCUGGAUUUUUGUCGCAAUAGCUGGGAUGUUUCUUUAUAUAUCCCUUGUUGAUAUGCUUCCAGAACUUACAUCCGUAUCAGACGGAGAGAAGCAUUCCUGGAGACGAUUGUUUGUUCAGAUCUGUGGAUUAUCUGUUGGUACAGGAAUAAUGCUGACCAUUGCAAUAUAUGAAGAAACAAUCAAAACUAUGCUUGAAUAAUUAGGGAUCAAUGAAAUAUUGGGUCUAAAAGACAAAUAUAAUAUAACAUAGCCGAUCUUGCAAUGACUGUAGAGCCAGUCAUGGUUGUUAAAAAACUUCCAUUGUUGUUUAACAUACCAUACAUGCUUGUGCAUAAUAAACCUUGUAUAUGAUGGUGCUAUACGUUUUGUAAUAAAAGAAAUGUAGAGUUGUUCUUAAA